GGAAAGCGUUCACCUAAUUCUUAAAAUGGGAGGUAAACAUUCCUUUCCGCGAGUUUCUCUACCGAGAGAUAGAGUGGUGAUAAUCACAGGUGGAAAUCAAGGUAUCGGUUAUCACACGGCAAAAUGGAUCGCCAUGAUGGGAGCCAAAGUCAUAAUAGCCUGUCGGUCAGAUGAGAAGGCAACAAAGGCUAUCAAACAAAUGAACACAGAGUUCCUUGAAGAGAAAAAGAAUGUAACAGAAGGAGUGUGUGACCUGGAAGAGUUGAAUGUGUCCUUCAUGAAGCUAGACAACGCGUCCAUAAAGUCUGUGAUGACGUUUGUUGAGGAGUUCAAAGCCAGUGGACUCAAACUGCAUACCCUUAUAUGUAACGCAGGUAUAGGGGUUCACAAACAAGAAUACACCGAAGAUGGAAACGAAUUCCUGUUUCAGGUGAAUUAUUUGAGCCACUUCCUGCUGACUGCCCAUCUCUUACCGAUUAUGAAGACAUCAGGCCCAGACUGCCGUGUAAUCUUAGUAUCUAGCAUAGCCCAUAGAAUGACAUCCUUCCAGUAUGACGAGAUCCAAGGCAAGCAAUUCACCGAGAACACAUUUGAUGGAUUGACCUUCUACAAUAGGUCAAAGUUAUAUCAGAUUAUGCAGAUGUUUAGUAUGAACCGAAGAUUGGUAGACAGUAAUGUUACAGUGACGUCAAUUCAUCCGGGUGUUGUGGAAACAGGACUACUGGACACGUUUGGUGGGGGGAUUUCUGGAGCUGGACUAAGACUUCUGAGGCGUAUGGGUGGAUCUAAGACAGCAUUUGAAGGUGCAUGGACAACAAUUAACGCGGCUGUCGAUCCGAAAUUGGCAGGAGUGAGGGAUGUGUACUUCUCAGAUUCUAAACCCAGCACAGUAUCCAGACAGUCUAGAAAUAAACGUGACCAGAAAAAAUUAUGGUCGUAUACCAUGGCAUGUUUGAAAGACUAUAUCAGUGAGGAAAUCGCCAAAGACUUGGAGGGAAAUUACACUGAACAAACAUAGGAUUACAUCAGAUCGAUAUACGCGUUACAUCACCAAAUAGGUCCAACCCAACUUACUGCUAUUCCAUCAAAAUAUCAUGUUGACAUGUCAGUUAGUAUACCAAAAAAUCAGUGUUCAUUACUUACAAUACAUAAUUUUUAUUAGCAGCGUAUUUAUAGGCCCGAGUUUCCGGUCAUGCAUUCCUAACUUCAGGGAGAGGAAGCAGACGACAACAUGGCGCGUAAUCCUACCCUCAUGAUAUGUUGAAAGUUUGUUGAACAUUUCUAGAAGUAUAUCAUAAAAAGA